CCCGCGGUUUCAACCCCACCCCCACGGUUCCAAGAUGGUUAAGAUGAUCGAGUCCGCCGAGGAGUUCGCCACCCUCAAGAAGGGCGACAAGCCGGUCCUCGUCGACUUCACCGCGUCCUGGUGCGGCCCGUGCAAGAAGAUCGGCCCCUUCUUCGAGGAACUCGCCGCCAAGUACCCCGACGUGGUCUUUGUCAAGAUCGACGUGGACGACCUCGACGACGUCGCGGCGGAGUGCGGCAUCUCCGCCAUGCCCACCUUCCAGCUGUACUCCAACGGCGUCAAGGUGCAGGAGAUGACCGGCGCCGACAACGAUAAGCUCGCCGCCAUGGCCGCCGCCGCCAACGACAUGUAAGCGGCAGGCGAGAGAGGAGAGAGUCGCCGUAUUAGCUCGCAACUCGGGGUGAAAAACUUUGCCAAAACUUUGCCAAAA